CAUCUUUUCACACACUGAAAGGUGAAAAGCAAAACCUGAACGUGGCCGUGAGCCACGUCCAGUAAAAGAAACACCUGCGGCGGCUCCAAGCCUCCUCCCAUCCUGGCUCAUCACCUCCCUGCCCUGACACCCCUGCAAAGGCACAGCCAGGGGGACACUCGUCCCCCCGCUUAUGGCCACGUUUCCCAUCAUGCUCAUUGCCUAUCCCAACUGAAGGGGUACAGGAAGUCAGACCGGCAAACCACAGGCCGGAGUCCUGCCUGCUCUGGGACAGGGUCAGCUGUCAGGACUCUGACAGGUUUUGUGUACGUGCAGAAAUUUCCUGACUCUAAGAAACUGGAGAGGCCACCACUGAGUAGUGGGACUUUACUUGCAUGUAAUUCCUGCUCCAUGGUUUGAAUUUUUAGCUCUGUAUAGAAUUAGUUUUAUAAUGACAGGAAUCCAUCUUUUCCUCAGAACAGGAAACGUAAUAACUAGGGGAGACCUCCAACACUGGCCUGGCUCACAUGCUGACAGUCUUUGGGUCUGCUGGGUCCUGGCCACCUAAGGUCCCACAGAAGUGCCCACCUGCCUCGCCAUCCAUCCGCUCAUCUCUCAGCCACCGUCAGCUGUGGGCUCCUCUCUGGGAAGUGCCAUCACUUGAAAAUGAAGUUCAAAGCAGUGUCCCCACCGGCCUCUCUGCUCUCACUGGACUCGGAUCUAGAGUCCAAGUUCUGGGGAGGAUGAGGCCAAGUUACCAAGGUCCCAGAGCUAAGAGGUCCACGAAGCCCCCUUCUGGACCCCUGGCUGGUAAUUGCCCCCAAAGUCCGCUGCCCGCAGUACCCACUGCUCCCAGUCCAGGCUCUACCUCUGCUGGGUCCACGGCGGGUCCACAGGCACCCCCACAAGGUCUGCAGUCCUCAUCCAAGAGUCCUGUCCCAGCCUGUCACGGGGGAGGGCCCUGGAGCCCCUCCUGUCAGCCCUGAGAAGUGCAGAAGCCUGCCUCGGCAGGUCCAGGAGAGAAACUGAGGCUCAGAGAGGGCCUGAACUGCUCAGGGCACACAGAGGUCAGCCAUGCUGAGAACCAAAUCCUCUAGGCAUCCAGGUGCGUCUGAGCGGAGUCUGGCCCACUUCUCUCUCUCUCACAUCCCCCCACAAAGUCUGUGGGCUGGGAGCCAGGCCUGCAGGCCCAGCCUCAGCCCCACGAAGGGGCAGGUAACCUGUUGGGCCCGCUGCCUCCAUCCCUGCCCAUAGCCCUCAUGCGCCCUCCCUCUUUGCCGAGUCCCUCUCCCUCAGCUCGGGCUCAGCACAGCGCCGAGCGCGGGCACUUACUUACUGCAGCAGAGAGGGCACGAGCGGCCGCAAGUCCCACCUGAUGACGGAGGACAACGCUCUGACCUGACAAGGCCUCAGAAAUGGGGACAUUCAAAACACACUCUGUAAGACGAGCAGAGAACGGAUUCAGCGUGUUAGUGAAGAAACCUUCAGCGUGUGCUGCAGGAACUCAGGGGGUGACGACAUGGGAGGGGAGCCCUGCCACCGGGUUGUAGGGCGACAUUCAGACGGCUUCCAGGAACCACUGGAACCAUCUGGGACCACUGGAACCAUCUGGAGCACCCAGCACAGUGAGUGAGGAGAACCAAGCAGCUGCCCUUCCCUUUGGACAGGGGCGAAGGCUGACCAAAAGCAGCCUGGAGGCAUAGAAGGGGAUUUGCCCUGAGGUGUUUGUGACUGCACGACUUACAACAGAAGUGCUGACUGGCCAGUGGUCCAGGCAGCAGCGGAAGCUCACACCCUGAGAUGCCCCAGAGGAGUCCACCAGAAUGUGUGGACUAUCUCGUUAUGAGGAAUUGUGUCCCCAGCAAAACACGAACUGGAAAAAAAGCUAAAUAACUACCAGUCACAGCAGUGACAAAUGUGUAAGAGGGCAGACAGCAGAGAAAAAGAUGUAAAGAUAGUUUCAAACUACCCAUAGCUCAGUGGUUAAGUGCUCUGUGGGCAGGGCUGGAUUCCACAGGCUCAACUGAGGUCAGAAUCCCAGGCCCAGGAGCUUGAAAAACAUGCCAGGCACAUGUGUGCAUGUGGACAUAUGCCCAGGAUCCUGAUGGAAUGGGGAUUGUGGUGUGACCAGACCCCAUUAGGGGACACUGUCACUCUCUCACGUGCCCUCUGGCAUUAAAAAAAAAGAACAACAAAAGGUUCUCAUGAAAAUUACCCCUAAGAUAUGUCAGUCCAGUGCAGACAAGACCGUGGUGUGCGUGCACAAGCAUAGGUUCACUGUCAACGUCAGACAUGGUGAGCUCCGAGCAGGAAGCACUCCGCAGAACAGUCAUUUAUGUUGUUAGGAAUCUUGAGGAACCAACGCUGCAUCGAAACACAUGGAGUACAGCUGGGUGUGGUGGCGUACUGCCUGAAGUCCCAGCUACUUGGGAGGCUGAAGUAGGAGGAUCACAAGUUCAAGGCCAGCCUGGGCAAUAAAGCAAGACCCUGUCUCAAAACAAAACAAAAACAAAACAACUGUCCCCCCCAAAGAAAAAAAAAACAUCCCAAACCCCACUUGGAGUAAACUGGUUAAGCCACCUCCAGGGCAGCAGAAAGAACCCAGAGAGAAUGUACUCAUGCUUCUGACCAUGCAAAGAUAAUAGACCAGAAAACAUCAGGAUGUGCAAGGUGACAGAGUAACUUCUUGACUACUUUAGAACAUUUAUAAAAAUAAUCAUAUUGGGCCUUCGUGAGAUUCCACCAUGGUGUACCGAGGCCAGGGCCAGAAAGCGCAGAAGGUGAUGGUGCAGCCCAUCAACCUCAUCCUCAGAAACUUGCAGAAUAGAUCCCGGACUCAGGUGUGGCUCUAUGAGCAAGUAAAUAUUUGGAUAGAAGGCUGCAUCAUUAGUUUUGAUGAGUAUGUGAACCUUGUAUCAGAUGAUGCAGAGGAGAGUCAUUCUAAAACAAAGUCAAGAAAACAACUGGGUCGGAUCAUGUUAAUAGGAGAUAAUAUAACCCUGCUACAAAGUGUCUCCAACUAAAUGAUAAAGUGAGAACUUGCUGAGAAGACACUAGUUUGUUCCCUUCAUGGAGAGUAUAGUCCUAAAAAUUUGUUCGUAUUGUUUUGAUUACCCUUAUGUUAUUAUAAGUUGGCAAGAAAUGCUGUGGGAUUGUUUUUAUUAAAAAAAAUAUAUAGGGACCAGUGGGUGGUGCUGUGUUUAGGGCACUGGACUCCUACGUGGUUG